UUUCAAUCCCAUUUCAAUCUCCCCAGUUUUCAAUUUUUCAAUCCCAUCCUCAACUCGCUUCGACCUCGACCUCGACCUCUUCCCUCAAUCUCUAAAUCUCUUUCUCUCCCUCGUUGCUGAUAUCACAAACACAUGGCUGGUGGUGGUGGUGGUGCUGACGUUGUCGUCGCAUUGCUGCCUGCAUCGCGGUCGGCUGCGUUCGCGCUGGGUCUCGCGCUCGGCGCUGCGGCGGGCGGCGUGCUCGCAGCCAUCACCACGCGCCGCAUGCUCGACAGUGCCAAGUCCAAGUCCACCACAUCAACACGCCCCAACGACCAGCCGCUCGUGCUCGCGAUCGAGACGCUGACGGACGCCGUUCGUGGAUUGGCGCAAACAUACGAUGCAGACCGGCAGGCGGCCAAGCUCAACGGCAGCCGCUACCAGUCGCACGCGGGAGGAUCGUUCGAGUCUGCCUCCUUGUCGUCGUCGUCGUCGACGCAGCUGGGCACGGACGGGUUCCGCACGCCGCUCGAGGACGCGGCCUGGGACGAGGAGCCCGCCGAGGACGAGUUCUACGACGCCCGAUCCCGCUCCAACUCGUCUGCAGCGAGCGUGGUUGCCCAGGCGCGACACCUCGCAACGGGUGCGGCGCCGGCGGCCGGCGAGAACGACGACGAUGUCGAGGCAAUGGAAGUCGCUGCGGCCGCUGCGUCAGACCCGCGCGCGUUCGCUGCAGCCGUCAAUGGCGCGCUUCGUGCUCAGAAAGUCGUUGGAAGCAGCGGGGAAGAGAUUGACGCCACGUUCUACGUCAAGGUCGACCAUGCGCGCGAGUCCAAGGAGUUCCAGUCCGUCUUCAACAUGCUCAAGACCGCGUUCGACGCCGACGCCAGCCCGACCAGCGUCAACCGCGGCCAAGAGGUCUAUUGGCGAUAUGCUCGUGCGUACUUUGAUCUGAGCACGUCCCACGCUGCGGGCUCGGAUGAGCGCAAGCGCCUCGUCGAGGCCGGGACUUUCAGCUUGCGAAUGAGGGUCUUGUCUUGUUUGACACGUCUGCCAUGAUGCACAAGUGGUUUGCCAUUCUCGUCACUGCAGUCGCCGAGUUUGGAGGAGCCAAAGAGAGGAUUGCCACCGCAUUCACCUUCCGUGACCACGUCCGCCGUGCAAUUGAGCUCGAUCCCCGGGAUGGAUCAUCGUACCACUUGUUGGGCCGGUGGUGCUUUGAGGUGUCCCGAUUGAAGUGGUACGAGCGCAAGGCUGCCGCGGCUCUGUUUGGUCGCCCGCCAGAGGCCACGGUGGAGGAGGCGCUCGAGCUCUUCCUGCAGGCCGAGGCUGCCACGCCGUUCUUCUGGCGUGCCAACCCGCUGUUCAUCGGACGGUGCUACAAGCAAAGCGGCAAGCCGGCUGACGCGCGCACCUACUUUGAAUUGGCGCUGUCGGAUGGAUUCAAGGUUUCCAUGGAUGACGAAGAAACGUUGGUUGACGCUCGCAAAGAGCUUGAUGCUCUGUAAGCGGGCAGGAGCUUGAGCCAAUCCAAUCCAUGCCGAAAAGAAAUUUGUUGAUCCCAGUGAUGUUUGGUUCCCAGUGAUGUUUGGUUCGAGUUUGUUUUCUCCUUGUUUAAUGUUGGUCGAUUGUUGUUAUGCAUUUGUGAAUUGAUCGCACCAAGACAGUCAGAAAAUUCUUGUUGAUACAUGUAUUUCAAAC